UUUAAGUUUAAAAGUAAAAAUAAGCAUAGAGUGUUAUUGAAGUCAGCUUCAGUCUUCGGGAAACCAGGUCGCAGUUUGAAGUCAAAAUAACCAGAUAGCGUUUGCCACUAUCGUGUGUGAGUUUGCAGCGGUUUGUUCUGAAGAUGCAGAAGGUCCAUCCAUGGCUCAAUUCCGGUUCAGUAUGAUCACCACCAUGCCGCUCUCCACUCAUCACAACCCCAGUUCCUGCCAUUCUGCCAUGCAAUUUCGAUCCCAAUCCCCGUUCCCAAAUGCCAUCGCCAUCUCCCUCCUCCGUUACCCAUUCCACUUCCGAUCGGAGUUCGAUUCCUACUCCAUCGCUUCCGAGGCUUUCUCUGAACGGAUUUCUUCCCUCUCAUCCCAAUUCUGUGCCUUGUGACCCUUUAAUUUUAGCCCUAGGGUUCGCCGCACCGGAAAAUUAGUAAUCGUAAAAAGCAGAAAAUCAAUUGUUGCUGUUUUUAUUUUUCGUUUUCCUUUUCCAAAAUGGAUUCCGAGGCUGGCGUUGUGGAGAAAGAUCCAACUGCGCGAUAUGUACGGUAUGAUGAAUUGUUGGGGAAAGGAGCGUUCAAGACUGUAUAUAAGGCGUUUGAUGAAGUAGAUGGAAUAGAAGUGGCGUGGAACCAAGUCAACGUGGAGGAUGUUUUGCAAUCACCGCAACAAUUGGAAAGAUUGUACUCUGAGGUUCAUUUCCUCAAGUCAUUGAAACACGAGAAUAUCAUCAAAUUCUACAAUUCUUGGGUCAAUGAAAAGUCCCGGACUAUCAACAUCAUCACCGAGUUGUUUACCUCUGGCAGUUUGAGGCAAUACAGAAAGAAACACAAGAACAUUGAUAUGAAAGCCAUGAAGAAUUGGUUGAGGCAGAUUCUUCGAGGAUUAUGCUAUCUGCAUGGCCAUAAUCCGCCGAUAAUUCAUAGGGAUCUGAAAUGUGAUAACAUCUUCGUCAACGGUAAUACAGGACGUGUUAAGAUUGGAGAUCUUGGAUUGGCAGUUGUGAUGCAGCAGCCUCUUGCUCAGAGUGUUAUAGGCACGCCGGAAUUUAUGGCACCGGAACUUUAUGAAGAACAAUAUAAUGAACUUAUUGACAUAUAUUCUUUUGGCAUGUGUGUGUUGGAAAUGGUCACCUGUGAAUACCCAUAUAGUGAAUGUAGAAAUCCGGCACAGAUAUAUAAGAAAGUUACUUCUGGUAUAAAGCCUGCCGCUCUGGCUAAAGUACAUGAUUUGAAAUUGAGAGAAUUUAUUGAGAAGUGUCUAGUUCCAGCAGCUAUGCGACUGCCGGCGUCUGAACUGUUGAAAGACCCAUUCCUUGUUGCUGAAAGCCCGAAGGAGAUCAAUCAUGAUACACUACUGCAGCUGACUAAUCCGCCAAUAUCUGAGCCUUGUCCUAUGGAGACAGACUCAAGCUCCAGGCAUACUUCACAUGGUUCCUCUGUGAGUAGUAUUGAAGAAACUUCCUUAGUUUCAGUGUUCGAUCUUCUGCAGGUGACUCAGAAAAACGAAUUCCGGUUAAGAGGGGAGAAAACUGCCAACAGUACAAUUUCACUUACCCUGCGAAUUGCGGAUGCAUGCGGUCGAGCAAGGAAUAUCCAUUUUCCGUUUUAUACCCAUUCUGACACGGCCAACUCAAUUGCUGUGGAGAUGGUUGAGCACCUGGAACUUGCGAAGGAGGAUGUAACUGUGAUUGCUGAGCUAAUACAAAACAUGAUUCUGAAGCUCAUGCCCAACUGGAAACCU